AUGCCACUGCAUAUGCAUGGUAACAACAAUUAUUUUACUGUUACAGAUACUUCGAAAAUCCAAAAUGAUGAAACGUUAUUUCACAAAGCCAGCAAUCAGUUUGGAAAAGUCUUUGAAAGUGGCACUGAUAUGGUAAUUUCUCUAGCAGAAUGGCUUGGUCAUAUCCAAGAAAAUUGGUACAUUGCCAAGCUGGGGAAACUUGAAAAAAAAUGUGAAAGUGAAUAUGAUGAAACAGCAGAAGCUAUUCAAGAACUUAAAGAAAGUCUACACACUGAAGCAACGUCAACGGAAAAAGCAGCAGAUAAUCGUGAUGCAAUAUUGGCAAAACAUUUUCGUAAGUUUACAUAA